CAUUUUAUUCAGAGUGCUGGUCCGGAAUAGACACUAUCGACUAAUUUUUUGAUUUUUUUACACAAGUUAAAAUUCUCGAUGUGUCUCUAAAAGUCAGCCAAAUUGUUGAACGAAACCCAAAAAUAGAUCUCGAGACAAAAUUGAAAGUGCGCUCUGAUUGUUCGCGCAAACGCAGUAUCUCGGAAUAAAUCGCGAUGGCCAAGGAUCAAGAGGGACAGACCUAUCAAUCAUCCGCCCCCGAGUCCUCCGAGGACCAAAAACGGGAGCAGCGGGCCCGCCUGAUCAAGGCUUUGAGCCGCUUCAAGCCGCGGGACGCCAAUCCGCUUCAGUUCUACAAUUGCGUCCGCGAACUCUGCAUAAUGCACAACUGCAGCAUCGACGAGGGUCUGGAACGGGCCGCUAUAACCUGGCCGGGACUAAGUAUGCGCCAGCGGGAGCUCUACGAUUCGCAACGUCAUGCAGAGCUGCCGAUCCCUGUGCCGCGCCAUCUGGUCUACCGCGCCUUCCAGAAGGAGAGCAAGGGUCUGUGGUCCCUGGGCCGCUCCUCGGUGGGUGGCAAGCGGCCCACCCGCUACACCCUGGAGUCCUACAAGCCGCCGCCGAAACCCUCGCGUCUGAGGACCCAGCUCGAUGAAAAACGUCCCAAGUACGACAAUCUACUGGAUCUGCCACCCAAAGUGGCGGCCAUGCGGGUUCCACCGCCACCCAAUCGCAAAUUCUCGAGGGUAUCACCCUCUUCGGGUCGCAGGAUCCGUAGUCCUACGCCUCCUGUGACCGUGAGGCGUGUCCGCUCCAUUCGCCAGAUCCUCUCGAUGGCCAGUGUGGAAAUGAAAAAGUCCGUAAGACGGCGUACUGUGGGGAAAAACCUUAGGACAAAGAAAGUUGCUGCCGUGGAGCCCGUGAAAAUUCUACCGGACAAACUAUCAUCUAGUGUGACCAAGUCUUUCAGGAAGAAGACCACCAAACGAAAGGCCAGCAGUUCCAAGGACAAGAGAUUGGCCAGGGAGGAGGAUCUGAAGACGGCACACAACUGGGAUCUCGCCAUCGGAGCUGUUCGCCGACGCAUCAUGAUGCAUCAGCCCUCCAAGUCCAAGUCUAGAUCGUAACUCCACAGCUCUAUAACUCUAUACUUCCCCCCGAAAUGGUGUUAUUUAGUGUAUUAUUACUUGUUACAGAGAUGGUAUGUUUUCCCCCAAGUGAAACACAGACACAGACAUACAACAGAACACAAGGUUUUAGGUAAAUUGAAAGUACAAAAUUAUUGUACUAAAUUUAUGUAACGAUUGCGAACGAAAAUAAAUUCAAUGUUAUGACAAAAAAAA